AUGAAAGCAGUUCUGGACGCUAUCCUCAGACGCCAACGGUUAUCGCGCCCCCGAGUCCAAGUUCUCUCAGAUUUGCAUCUCGAGGUCGGUCAACAGUACUUGUCCUUCACAUUUCCCGCGACCACCCCAUUUCUGCUGCUAGCUGGAGAUAUCGGACGCCUGAUUGACUACGAUAGAUACCUAAAUUUUCUUGAGGCGCAGGUAUCCCGAUAUGACAAGGUGUUUUUGGUGCUAGGAAACCACGAGUUCUAUGGCCUGGACUAUCACGCAGGACUUGAUGAAGCGAAGCGUCUUGUGGAGGAACCAUCACUUGGUGGUACUGUCGUUCUCCUACACAAAACGCGAUGGGACGACUUAAACUCCACACUGACAAUUAUCGGCUGUACGCUCUGGUCCGAAAUUCCAGAGCAGGUUUCGGUUGUUAUUGAGUCUAAGAUCAAUGACUUUAAGAAGAUAGACGGGUGGACUGUUCAGAAACACAACGAGAUUCACACCAUGGAGGCUGCGUGGCUGCGUGAGCAAGUCGCAGCACUUAAGGACGGCGCCAAAAGAGAGCUUCUAGUCGCGACGCAUCAUGCGCCUUGUAUAGAAGGUACUUCCCGACCGGGGGAUUCUAAUAACCCCUGGACGCCUGCUUUUGCUACCGACCUCCUCGAUCAGCAAGGCUGGGCUGGCAUUGAUGUCUGGGCGUUUGGCCACACACAUUACUCAACGGAUUUGAUGCGGAAUGGUGUCAGACUGGUAGCUAAUCAGCGGGGAUAUGUCCUGCCCGGCGGCGCAUCGCGAGAGCGAGAGCAGAAGAAAUCGUCCAGGAACCCUCAUGACUUUGAUCCUGGAAUGACCAUCGCAUUAUAG